AUGAAGCAGUCAAGUGGCAGUGCUCGGUUGGCGAAGAAAAACAUCGAGGCCAAUCCGGCCAAGGCGUACUGCAAGGACGCUUCACUCACUGACAUCUUCGGGUCUGACUUUGAAGCAGGGCGUCAGCUUGUGGACGAAAUCAUCAAGACGUACAAGGUUCCAGGCAUAAAGAACGUGCCGUUUUUCGUCUCGGAGAACGAUCAACAACGACACAUCUGUCGUCAUCCACUAAACUCCAGACGGCAAGAUUUGGUGCUUGCAGAGUACACGAAGACAGAGGCUUUCUACGAAGCAUGGGCCAAGCCGGACAGAGAUGAUCAUGCCAAUCUCAAGUUGACUGCAAAAGUUGAGAAGGCAUGGUCCAACCAUAAGCUUGAAACUGGCUUGACGGCCAGAAGCGCAGAUUACGAGACGAAGUACCGAGAGUUUGUGGCAAAGCAAUGGCCGGAGAUUUGGACCAGUUACAGACACUUUGAGGCAACCCGAUUCGUGUACAACGCGCUCGGUCGCUAUGAUUGCUUGAACGACAUGAAGACCUUCGCGCAGAAACACUGCGACUUCUUAAAUGGCGAGCUGUCGCACGACAAUGUGAUUGGCACGAUGAAGGAAAUCAUCAGUGGUUGCAACCUGUUCGCCAACGCCAUGACAGCACAAGAGAUGAAAGCCAUAGUCUUGGAGCUGAUGUUUGCGUGCGAUGCUUGCUUGCAGAUUGACAGAUUAUGCAACCACUUAGUGUGUGCAGUGAGGUGA